AUGAUUAUUUGUUGCUCCCCAUCGCCUCGCCUUACAGGCCUAGCAGGACCAGCAGGACCAGCGGGCCCAGGCGAUCCUCUCUGUCCUACUCUUCCAACGCGGCCGUUCCUACCUCUGCGGCCAGCUCGCCCCCGUGGCCCAGCGUGGCCUGCAGGUCCAGCGGGUCCAGCAGGUCCAGCGGGUCCAGCAGGUCCAGCGGGUCCAGCAAGUCCAGCAAGUCCAGCUACUCCAGCGGGUCCAGCCACUCCCGCAGGUCCCGGAUCACCAUCAUGCCCGUCUAAUCCUCGUUCUCCUCGUUCUCCCCGAAAAUGCGCUCUACAACAAAAGCACCAUCCAAUAAUGAUUGCUAUUCCAAUUGCCAUGCCGACCAUAGCACCUAUUAAAGCAGCAUGA